UCUUUAUAUGUCAUCUUAAAUUUUUAAUGGGUUUGUUAAUAAUGGAUAUCUGUAAAGUGAUUUAUACAGAAUGUUGAUUAGAUCAGGGGUGACGUUUCAAACUUAUCUAAGUUUCUGGGGAUUUUAAUGUUGGAUAUAGAAAUGCAAGUUGCUAUAAACUAUAGGUUAUAAUGUUAUGUUAAUAUUUAUGUUAUGGUAGCAUAGUUUUGCUCGUGAUUUACCCAGAUAUCAUAUGCUGUUGUAAAGAGAAAGAGUGAGAAAGAGAGGUUGAGUGGUGAUGGCGGCGGUGGAAGAGAUAGAGAGAGUGAUUGUUGGUGGAGGAAUUUGUGGCUUAGCUACUGCUCUUGCUCUUCACAGGAAAGGUAUAAAGAGUGUGGUGUUAGAGAGGUCCGAUACACUGCGAGUGACAGGAGCUGCUAUCGGUGUUUUCCCAAAUGGCUGGCGUGCCUUAAAUCAGCUUGGACUUGACUCCAGUCUUCGAUCAACUGCUAUUACAUUUCAAAGGGCACUUGAUGUUUGGGUUGACAAGGGUGUGGAACGAGAAACUAUUUUGAGUGAAGGGAAGGCUCGUUGCUUGAAGAGAAAUGAUCUCAUCGAAGCCCUAGCCAAUGCACUACCAAUGGAGACAAUACGUUUUGGCUGCCAAGUUGUAUCUAUGAAUGUGGAGAGAUCUACUUCAUAUGCUAUGCUUCAACUCCAUGAUGGGAGCUUGAUUAAAGCUAAGGUGUUGAUUGGUUGUGAUGGAGCAAACUCAGUCAUUGCAGAUUACAUUGGGUUAAAACCUACUCGGCCUUUCACCUCAUGCGCAGUCAGGGGCCUUACUUUUUAUCCAAAUGGCCAUGGAUUUGCUCCUGAAUUCUUGAGAGUAAGAAAAGAUAAGUAUUUAGUUGGAAGAAUUCCAAUUGAUGAAAAGACAGUUUACUGGUUUGUCGUUCUACAAUGGACUCAAGGAGAUGCUGAGAUGCCGAAAGACUCUGUAUCCAUCAGACUGAUGACCAUAGACAUAACAGCUGGUUUCUCGAAGGAUAUUGUGGACAUGAUAGAGAAGAGUGACUUAAACUCUUUGUCACUCACACGAUUGAGGUAUCGAGCCCCAUGGAAUUUACUUUCUGGUAACUUCCGUAGAGAAACUGUGACAGUAGCUGGGGAUGCUUGGCAUGUUAUGGGUCCUUUCCUUGGGCAGGGAGGGUCUGCAGCUUUAGAAGAUGCAAUUGUACUAGCUAGAUGUUUAUCAAAGAAGAUAGGCGAUGCUGAUCUGAACGGGAGUAGAAUGCCUUUGUCAGUACAGAAAGCUAUAGAAGCUCUGGAUGAAUAUUUGAAGGAAAGGAGACGACGAGUUGUUCUUUUGUCAAUCCUAGCCUACCUUAGAGGUUUAUUGCUAGUAGAAGAUUCCUCUGUUCUGGUGAGAUUCCUGUGCAUUUUAAUCAUAGCUGUUAUGUUCCGGGAUCCAUCAAGUCACACCAGAUAUGAUUGCGGGAAACUCUAAAGGCUAUUUUCUUGAAGCCACGUAAUUUCAGUGUAACUGGCUGUCGUCUUAGAAGUCAGAACUAUCAAGUCUUUUGGUGUUGCUUCUGUAAAUGGAUUCUGUAUUUCUUCUGUUGGAUACUUGGAUGUAACACUGUUCUGUCUGAACUCCAAAGGCUGAUUAUGUAAAUUGUUGAAAACAACUGUAGUGUAGGCAUUCUCAGUCUUCCUCCCGCUCCAUCGGUUUUUUAUUUCAGUUUUGGCUGCUUCAUGGCGAUGUGAUAUGCAUCUAAUGAGUAUCAGUUUAACGAUUUGUUGAA